AUGGUUCAAUCGGCGAGCCUCAUCGGCCUCUUCGGCGCAGCCACAGCCGUUUCGGCCGGCGUGAUCAAGGUUCCUCUGAAACCUCGCGCUUCUUCGGGAGUCAACGUUCCUGUUACGGACUGGUUCAACCGUACAGACAAUCAGUGGUAUAGCACAAUAUCCGUUGGUACGCCUGCCCAGGAGCUCACUGUCCUCUGGGAUACGGGUUCCGGUCAACUGCUCAUCCCCCGAAGCACAUGCACCACAUGUGCUGACAAGACUCUGUUCGACGCGUCCAAGUCGAGCACUUUUUCUAACAAGCCCGGAACGCGACAGAACCCUCUGUUCUCGACUGGCGCUGACUCUAUUCCGUUUAGUGUGCCCGAAGGCGCUUCCGGUGUCACCAUCCACGAUAAGGUAGCUCUUGGUAAUUUCGUUGUCGACAGCCAGGAACUCGUGCUGUGUGACAAGUAUGCUGCCGCGCUCGAUGUCAUGCCGAUUGACGGUAUCAUGGGCCUGGGCCCACCUACCAGUGGUAGCGAGAAGUCCUGGUACUGGAAUUUGUAUGCUCAAGGCGUGCUGGACUCCCCUGUCUUCUCCUUCUAUACGCCCGCCGGUGACCUCGAGGGCGGCGAGCUCACUCUGGGUGGUAUCGACGAGACCAAGUUCGUGGGGACGUUGAACUACACUGCAUUCUCUAGCGGCGGCUUCAAUCUCGCUCAGUCUUCGAUACUCAUCAACGGCAAGGCAUUCACUGGGACUUCUGCUCAAGGCACUGCGAUUCUCGAUACGGGUACUGCGUUCAUGCAGACACCCAGCUAUGCCGUUGCUAAGCAACUCUAUGCACAAAUAUCUCCCAAGAUCACUCAGAUUGACAAGGCCGGUGCUUGGGGGGCUGCAUGUGAUGUACUUGAUUCCGUAGCACCGGAUUUGACUUUCGUGUUGGGACCUACCGGAUCCGCUCUCAAAUUGACCAUACCAAAGAAAUCCUUCAAUCUUGGCGAGUACCCCGGUCAACCAGGCAUCUGCCAAGCAUUGUUCAACAACCCUUUGAGCAAUUUUGGGGCAUGGCUCGUAGGCUCCCCAUUGUUGAAGCAGUAUUAUACAGCGUGGGACGGUGUCAAUAAGAAGAUUGGCUGGGGGCAACUCAUUGGUGACGAUUCAGCUCUGGUUGAGUUCGCUUAA